AUGAACAGGCAGUGGUUGUUAGUCUUAUUAGCUGUAGUAGUGGUGGUUUCGGGGUGGCAGAACAGUAACAGUUGCCAUGCAUUUAGAAUAGAAGAAGCCACCAUUGCUGAACUCCGGGCUGCUUUCAAGCACAACCAGCUGAGUUCUAGGCAGCUUGUGGAGUUUUACCUUGAAGAAAUUAAAAAAUUAAACCCAGUUCUGAAAGGGGUAAUAGAAGUGAACCCGGAUGCACUUGUGCAGGCUGACAGGGCUGACUAUGAGAGGAAGGCAAAUAAGGCUGGUUCCAAUUCGGGGUUGCAUGGUAUCCCUAUCCUUGUCAAGGACAACAUUGGAACAAAGGAUAAGCUUAACACCACUGCCGGAUCCUUUGCUUUGCUGGGAUCAGUGGUGCCUCGCGACGCUGGCGUGGUGAUGAAGCUGAGGAAAGCCGGAGCCAUUAUCCUGGGGAAAGCUAGUUUGAGUGAGUGGGCUAAUUUUCGGUCUGUCAAUGCACCUAGUGGCUGGAGUGCUAGAGGAGGACAAGGAAAGAACCCCUAUGUUCUAUCUGCGCAGCCAUGUGGCUCAAGCAGCGGCUCUGCAAUUUCAGUGGCUACAAACAUGGCAGCAGUGUCGUUGGGGACGGAGACUGAUGGCUCUAUCCUGUGUCCUUCUAGUUUCAAUGCAGUAGUGGGCAUCAAGCCAACCAUUGGUCUUACCAGCAGAGCUGGAGUUAUCCCAAUAUCUCCAAGACAGGAUACUGUAGGGCCAAUCUGCAGAACUGUAUCAGAUGCUGCUCAUGUUCUUGAUGCUAUUGUAGGCUUCGACUACAACGAUGCCGAAGCAACUAGAGCAGCAGAGAAGUUCAUCCCCGCAGGUGGCUAUACUCAGUUUCUGAAGCACGAUGGUCUCAAGGGAAAGAGGAUUGGAAUAGUUAGGAACCCAUUCUUUAACUUCAGCAGCAGUCCAGUCCUAGCUAAGAGUUUUGAAUCCCAUUUCCAAACCUUAAGGGAACAAGGAGCAGUCUUGGUAGACAACGUAGAAAUAGCCAACCUUAAUACUAUUUUGGAAGCCAAUUCAAGCGGCGAAUCUACAGCACUGCUGGCUGAGUUCAAGAUCGCCAUCAAUGCUUACCUGCAAGGUCUCCUUCAUUCUCCCGUUCGAUCGUUGGCUGAUUUGAUAGCCUUCAACAACAAGUACUCUGAUUUGGAGAAGAUAAAGGAGUUUGGCCAACUGGCAUUCCUUGUGGCGGAACAGACGAAUGGGAUUGGAGAUGCAGAAAGGAAAGCUCUAAAGAACAUGAAGAAAUUAACAGAAGAAGGAUUUGUGAAAACAGUGAUGGAGAAUAAGGUGGAUGCAUUGGUGACCUCUGCUUCAUUUGUUUCUCCGGUUCUUGCCAUCGGCGGUUUCCCCGGAAUCACUGUUCCGGCAGCUUACAACAGCCACGGAGUGCCUGUUGGCAUCUGUUUUAGUGGAUUGAAAGGCUCUGAGCCCACACUGAUUGAGAUUGGCUAUGCAUUUGAGCAAGCAACCAAGGCUAGAAAACUUCCAACAUUUUUGCCCUCAUAG